AUGAUGGAGCUAGUGAAGAUUGCUAAAACAAAUUUACGUAAUAACUUAAAAAAAAAAUUGUCACAAAUGACGGCUAGUGAAAUCGCCGAACAAUCAAAAAUCAUAACUAACAAAAUAUUAUCUCAUCCAGUGUACACAAGAAGUAACAGAGUGUCAAUAUACCUCAGUAUGGAUUCUGAAGUACAAACAAAUAGUAUUGUUGAAAAUAUUUUCGACUCAGAAAAAAUAUGCUUUAUUCCUAAGUACAACAAAUCUGAAAUGCUAAUGGUGAAUAUAAAAUCAAUAGAUGAACUUAAUAGUUUACCAAAAACCAGUUGGAAUAUAUCACAACCAGCCGAUGAUGAUGUGCGUGAGGAUGCAUUGACAACAGGUGGUUUAGAUUUGAUAAUAGUGCCAGGCUUAGGUUUCACCAUGGAUGGAAAACGAUUAGGACGGGGAAAAGGUUAUUAUGAUCGAUGCAUAACUGAAUACAAAAAAAAAUAUCCAUUUAGUAAUUUGAAAACCAUUGGAUUGGCAUUUAGUGAACAAAUAUGUGAUGACAUACCAAUGAGUCAAGAAGAUAGUUUGAUAGACUAUUUAAUUUGUCCUUGA